CUGGGUUGGUGCGUCGCCAACUUAUCUGCGAGAACAUCCUGAACUUGAUUACGUGCAUAGAAUCGAUCAUCGGUUGAAAGAACAACAGUAUAUGAUCAAAAUGAUUGUGCAAAGAUCAUCUCUCUCGUCUACACCUACAAUCUUCUAAUUGAUAUCAGCAUAGAAUAUACAUAGCUGUCAGCCAGGAAUAUCUUUUGGGCAGACAUUGUACCAGUGAGACAAGUAUUUUGAACUAAGACACGCACAAGUGUCUGAUGUAUGAGAAAGGCAUUUUACCGGAAGAUUAUUUAGAAUUUCGUACAGUUCGCUAUACAUUGCUUAAAAAUAACCAGAAUAUGACUAUUCUCUCACAAACUUUUUAGCCUUGACGUUUUAACGUCGUCGGUUUCUCCACUGAAGACAUUUUACAUGCAUAGUUCGUAUGAUGCAUAUAUUUAUGAGAAUAAAUAAAUGCGCAGGUAACGUUGAGAUAUUCACCGAUCUUUCCAAUCAUUGUAUUGGGCAUGAUUUUGUUGAAAAACUUCCAUUGUUUCAUACAGCCAUUGCCAGAUUCGAUCACCCACCUAACUUUGGUGAUUAACUGUGUCUGGUUCGCUUCGAUGGUCGUAUACUGUUCCUGAUCUCUUUUGAGAAAUACAGGCAUUAUUGUUUCAUGUGAGCAAUUUUUAGAUACGGCAUGCAUACACAUGUGCUAAAUGGUCGAGCGGAAUUGAUCUCAAUCUGGGUACGUGGAAGUUUGGUGAUCCUGUUUUAAGUUCACAACAAGCCUCAUUACGUCGUAAAAUGGACAUUACGUCGUAUCGGUCAUUACGUCGUAUCGGUUUUCAACAAAAGGAACAACAUCUUAAGAAGAAAAGAACCAAAAGUAGUACGACCGAUCCUGAAUUGACACAACAGACGAAGGAACAACAAUCAUCAUCGCCCUCAUCAACGACUGUAGCUACAUCAUCGGUAACUCCAAAGCCGGUAGUGGCCUUGGCAAAUUCGGUUAUGUUUUUACCGUCUAUAUCAACAUCUACUAUAUCGACAUUAUCUACUCCACCAAUGAACAUCUCCUUACCAUCUACACAACAUCAGCAACAGCACCGAUCACUUACAGAAGAACAAGCGAUACAACGCAACCGACUUAAUUUUAGACAGCGUCGCGAAGGAGAUUUGUAG